AUGGAGAAAGUGAAGAUUACAAGUCUUAGAGGAUGGGCUAAAAUGUUAGGCGCAGUUAUCUGCAUUACUGGUUCGCUGGUUUUCACCUUCUGGAAAGGAGGAUAUCUGUUCCAAAGUAUUGAGAGCAGGCCAUUGAUAAACAUUAAUAGCACCAAAGGUUCUGCUGGUGAGUACAGGCAUGGUAAAGAAAACUGGAUCAAGGGUUCUGCACUUAUUCUUACAAGCAAUAUUGCAGGGAGUGCGUCGCUAAUUCUCCAGGGAGUAGUGAUCGCAGCAUUAGUCUACUACCUGCAAACAUGGUGUAUUAGUCACAACGGACCAGUUUUCGCAGCAAUGUUUACUCCACUACAAGUUGUCUUCGUCGGAAUAUUCUCAGCAAUUGCUUUUGCAGAAAGAAUUCAUUUGGGAAGCAUGAUAGGAACAGGUCUUAUUGUUCUUGGCCUUUAUUGUGUACUGUGGGGCAAAAGGCAGGACGAAAAUGCUGCUAAGCAGCCUGAUGAAGGAAAAGGCAUCGGCGAUAAUAGAACAUUGGAGAUUUCUAUGGAUGACUACGCGUUAGCGAAUCCUGACCCAAGCGAAAGGAAGUGA